AAGUUCCUUUCCAGUGUCAACUGAGAGCUCGGUCAGGGAUUUUGAAGAGAUGGAAGAUUGAUGACAAACCAGUAAAGAUUGACAAAUGGGAUGGUUCUGCUGUGAAAAAUUCCUUGGAUGAUUCUGCCAAAAAGGUUCUCCUGGAAAAGUAUAAAUAUGUGGAAAAUUUCCAUUUGAUCGACGGUCGCCUCAUCAUCUGCACAAUCUCCUGUCUCUUCGCCAUUGUGGCUUUGAUCUGGGAUUACCUGCACCCUUUUCCUGAAUCCAAACCCGUCCUUGCCUUCUGUGUUGUAUCGUAUUUUGUGAUGAUGGGAAUCCUGACCAUCUAUACCUCAUACAAAGAGAAGAGCAUUUUCCUCGUGGCUCACAGGAAAGACCCUGCAGGGAUGGACCCCGAUGACGUCUGGCAGCUGUCCUCCAGUCUCAAACGGUUUGAUGACAAGUACACCCUGAAGCUGACGUUCAUCAGUGGCAAAACCAAACAGCAGAGGGAGGCCGAGUUCACCAAAUCCAUUGCCAAAUUCUUCGACAACAACGGGACCUUAGUCAUGGAGGCCUACGAGCCAGAGGUGUCCAAGCUGCACGACAGCCUGGCCCUGGAGAGGAAAACAAAAUGAUUGCUGACACCUCCUGCCUCCUGGAAUGUGCUGAAUUAACACCAAUAAAGUCAAAUGGCAAAGAAA